UUUGACAAAGAAGGGCAGAUAUCCAAGAUAGAGAGUAGCAGAGAUAAGAUAUGAAGCGAUGAUGAGUCGGGAGCCACGUUCCACCUCAUCUUGUGCAGCUUGCAAGCUCUUGAAAAGAAGAUGCACUCCCAAUUGUAUCUUCGCCCCUCAUUUUCGAUCCGAUGAGCCCAAGAAAUUCGCCAAAGUCCACAAAGUUUUCGGUGCCAGCAACGUUAGCAAGAUCCUCAUCGAAGUCCCCGAAGAGCAGCGAGAAGACACCGUGAAUACCUUGGCCUAUGAAGCGGAAGCCAGGCUCCGAGACCCCGUCCACGGUUGCAUUGGUGCCAUAGCUUUGUUGCAGAGGAAGAUGAUCCAACUUCAACAUGAUUUGGCCCUCGCAAGAGCUCGUUUGUCUCUGUAUGCCGCUACCAAUUCUGCAGGUAUCGGUAAUACCGACUCUGAUCAGUUUAGCACGGCAGCUUUAGGCGAAUUCCCGGUUGCUUGCGGAGGAGGAUUCAUGGAUAGUUUUAGCCACACUUCUUAUGAAGUGAAUCAAGAUGCACAUAUGUAUGAUUUCACCCAAAUUCCAUAUAUAUGAAUAACAUCUUUCCUAUUGUUUCUCCUUGUAUAAUAAUAUUAUCUAUGAACAACUUGGCCUUAAAUCUU